AUGGACUGUUAUUUUAACUUCCUGUGUAUUACAUUGUCUCUGAAGUACACGUUUGGUUUGGGGUAUACCGUGGGAGGCAAUUUAUCCGUCUCGGGGUAUAAUGCCACAGAGGAAACUGAAGGAUUGAGCUUGUUAUCAACUUCCCCGGAAUACACGUUUCCUUUUUGUGGAGUUGUAAAACACUGGAAAAUCUUAUCCAUCGAUGAAGGGAAAUUAUGGUUACAAAUAUGGCGACCCCAAAAGGCUAUGUCCUAUCGCCUAAUUCAAGAAAUAUCAGUAUAUACAACUGGAGCAUCCACAAUUCAACAAAUCCCACCAAUGAAUCCCACCACAAGCCCAGAAAUAAUUCACUUUAACAAGGGUGAUGUCAUAGGAUGGAAAUACAACGGAAAGGAAAUUAUCCCAUUUCGGACCAGUCCGGUGAUAGCCCGGGGGCGUGGAUUUUGGCGGCGGAGAGCGUCCAACGUCUCUGGUGUUACAGAAAACUGGGGACAGGGGGAAUUCCUGUACGCCAGGCAGUAUGCUAUUUCUGCCAGUGUAUCUGAAAAUAAUAUUUACACCUUGAAGUGGCUGAAACUUGGACAGUACUCCAUAGAAAUUCAAGCCACUGACUAUUGUGGGAAGUCUGCAUCAGCUCAAAUCUUCAUCUCAGUUGUUGAGAGUAACCCUACAACUACCCAGGAAACAUUUCUUGGAAGACCAGCAAUAGUAUGGACGGUGGGCUUGCCGAUGUCUCUUGGUUUAUCUGUGUUGUGCCUUGGAAGCUUGUUUGUGUAUUCCUGCAUUCAGUGGAAAAAAGGGUCAACUUUCUCAGUCACUGAACUAAAGUGACCUUCAAUGCAC